CAGUUUUUAUUGAUUCGAUUAUUAUAUCAGCUAAAUAUGGAAUUCAUUUCAAAUAAUAAAUUGUGUUUGUAUUAGUGCGACGUGACGAUUCCCAAAUAUUAUUGAUUAUUAGUUUUGUAGGUAGGUACUGAAAAAUAAUUUACUAUGUCAUCUUUGUCGUGUCCCAUUUGUCAUAAACCGUUCACAAAGCCUUACAGUAUGAAAAGGCAUUACAUUAGAAUUCAUCCCAAUGAUAAAAUGCCGGAAUACUUGUCUCCAAAAGUCAAAGACUCUGCUGCAAUGAAAUGUGCAGUAUGUGACAGCAUCCAGCAUAACUACGGCGAUCUUCAAUGUCAUUUGUUGAGUCAUAACAUUAAAUUAGAGACAGAGGUUAUAACUUUUAAUAAGGAAGCUGAUUUUUAUGAUUGGAAACAACGAUUGGAAGAUGAAGAAAAAGUUCAAUAUGUUCAGAAUACUGGAAGAAGGGUUUCGACCAAUAAUUCUACCAUUACUUAUUUUAUUUGCCAUAGAUCCGGUAUUUACAAGCCGGUAGUAGAAAGAAAACGUCAACUCAAGAUUCAAGGUUCGUUAAAAAUCAAUGCAUACUGCCCAUCUAGGAUAAAAGCUACUUUUAAACCUGGAGGAAGUGUAAUUGUAGAAUUUUGUUGGACACAUUUAGGACAUUCAAAUGAUUUGGCUCAUCUUAAUUUGUUAUGUGAUAUAAAAUUGGAGUGUGAGCGUCCAGAAGGCAAAACUCAGUCUGUUUCACAUAAAUCUUCUAGGUCAGGAAAUAGGAGUCCAGAAGGCAAAACUCAGUCUGUUUCACAUAAAUCUUCUAGGUCAGGAAAUAGGAGUAAUGAUUCAAAGAAUAUUCUACCCUCUGAAAACGAAUUACGAAAAAUCAAAUUUCGUCAUAAGAUGUCUUUAAAAUUAAAAGCAGACUCUGUAGUCAAAUGCAAUGAUGUUUUGGAACCCACAUGGAAAAUAGUUUCUGCUGAUGAGCAACUGUGCAAGGUGAAAUCGUUGAAAAAUGUCUGCGAGUGUCAGUUAUUUUGCAAAUAUUGCAAAGUUUGUUCUCAUAAAUACCGAUGUACUUGUCCUGAUGCUUCUGUGAAAGGAAAUCUCUGUAAGCAUAUGCAUUUAGUGUGUCAAGUUAACAAUCUGGAUGGUAGAACUAUCCAGCAUAACUCAUCAAACAUAUUAUCUUCAAAAACUGACAUUGUCUCUAGUCGUGAAUCUGAAGAGAAUGUCUCUAGUCGUGAAUCUGAAGAAAAUGUCUCUAGUCGUGAAUCUGUAGAAAAUGUCUCUAGUCGUGAAUCUGAAGAAAAUGUCUCUAGUCGAGAAUCUGAAGAAAAUGUCUCUAGUCAUGAAGCUGAAGAAAAUAAUUUGGAUAAGCCUACUAACUAUGAAUUAACUCAGUUGGUCUCUGAAGUGAAUCAGCUUAACUGUGCAGCAACGCCGUUGAAUUGUGAAGAAACCCUCCUGUCAAUUGAACCAGACGAAUUGAACUUUGAAGCUGAACCAUUUAUAUUAGAUUGUGGAGAAGAUAUUUUAAAUUGUGAUACAGAUGAUCUGACUUGUGAUACAGAUCAAUUGAAUUGUGUUACAGACCAAUUAAAUUGUAAUGGAAACCAAUUUGAUUUUGAUACAGCGGAAUUGAAUUGUGAUGAAACUCUACUAGAUUGUGAUACGAACCAAAUAACGUGUAACACAAGUCAAUUGAGUUGUGACACUACCCAAAUGACAUGCAACAUGAAUCAAUUGAAAUGUGACUCACCCCUAAUUACGUGUAACACUAAUCAAAUGAGUUGUGACACUACCCAAAUGACUUACAACAUGAAUCAAUUGAACUGUGACGCAACCCUUAUGACUUGUAACACAAAUCAAUUGAAUUGUGACACAACCCAAAUAACAAGUAACAAAAAUCAAUUAAAUUGUGAAACAACUCAAAUAACUAGUAACACAAAUCAGUCGAAUUGUGACACAACCCAAAUAACUUGUAACACGAAUCAAUUGAAUUGUGAUACAACCCAAAUGACUAGUAACACAAACCAAUUUAAUUUUAAUGCAGCCCAAUUGAAUUGUAAUGCAACUCUACUAAAUUGUGAUACGAACCAAAUAACUAGUAACACAAAUCAAUUAAAUUGUGACACGACCCAAAUAACUUGUAACACGAAUCAAUUGAAUUGUGAUACAACCCAAAUGACUAGUAACACAAACCAAUUUAAUUUUAAUGCAGCCCAAUUGAAUUGUAAUGCAACUCUACUAAAUUGUGAUACGAACCAAAUAACUAGUAACACAAAUCAAUUAAAUUGUGACACAACCAAAUAACUUGUAACACGAAUCAAUGAAUUGUGAUACAACCCAAAUGACUAGUAACACAAACCAUUUAAUUUUAAUGCAGCCCAAUUGAAUUGUAAUGCAACUCUACUCAAUUGUGAUACGAACCAAAUAACUAGUAACACAAAUCAAUUAAAUUGUGACACAACCCAAAUAACUUGUAACACGAAUCAAUUGAAUUGUGAUACAACCCAAAUGACUAGUAACACAAACCAAUUUAAUUUUAAUGCAGCCCAAUUGAAUUGUAAUGCAACUCUACUAAAUUGUGAUACGAACCAAAUAACUAGUAACACAAAUCAAUUAAAUUGUGACACAACCCAAAUAACUUGUAACACAAAUCAAUUGGAAUGUGACACAACCCAAAUGGCUUGCAACACAAAUCAAUUGGAUUGUGACACAACCCAAAUGGCUUGCAACACAAAUCAAUUGGAUUAUGACACAACCCAAAUGUCUUGCAACACAAAUCAAUUGGAUGCGUUCCUAAACGAAUCAAAUUCCAGUACAUGUGAUUUUGAUUGUGACACUAUGCAAUUAAAUUUUGAUGAAGAUGAAUUGAACCGUGAAAUCCAAAAAUUAAAUUACGAAUCAAACCAAUUGAAUUAUGAUACAAGACAUUUGCUUUUUGAUGAUAUGAAUCAAAAUAAUUUUCGAAUGGAUCUAGACGAAUUAACCAACGCUAAAAAUGAAAUAUUUGAUGAAUUUAGAAAUUUGUUAGAAUCAGCAAAAACAGAGCAUGAUAUAAAUCUGCUUAAAAUAGGUGUAAGGGGACUUAAAACUUUCAUUGAAACUAUUGAAAUAACUCAAGAUCAAGGCAUCCAGUUACCUAAGUUUGAUCAAAGAACUGAAAAGGAUGAUUCUAUGGUUAAAUUGAUGGUAAUGUAAUUGUGAAAUAAUUGUGACUUCUUCUAUUAAAUAGGCCUACAUGUGCGAACUCGAUUCAUUUAUAUGUGUAAUCUAAAAAAAGAUUAUUGUUGUAAGUCAUUAACUAUUGAUAUUGUUCUCCUUAAGUUUGUGUAAGUAAUUCUAAGUGAAAAUUUUGUCUAGUGUCUUGAAAAUACAAAACCUCAUCCAUACAAUUUUUUUCUACAUGGAAAUUGAUGUCAACUAUAAAUUAAUAUUUGUCCAACCUAUUAUUUGUUACAUUUACCAUGCCCUAUUCUUUGAGAAAUUAUUUUUCGGUCUGAAGUUUGGGCUACAAAUGAGUCAUGUGAGAAAUUUAUAGUGAAAUAAAUCUAUCAUGAGAAUUAAUCAUCAGUAACUGAGUAUCAAAUUGUAAGAAGGUGAAUUGAUAAGAGUAGUGACUAAUUAAUAUCAAAAUUAAUCAAAGAAUAAGUUUCAAUAUUUUUUAUUGACAUAAUUGAGUGUAAAAUACUCGUAAUAUACAGACAUUAUAGAAACUACCAUUUGGUAUUAGAAAUUAUAUGAAACUGUGACAGAAGCCUUCGUGGUUUUGUUUUUGAACCGCCGCCAUUCCCCAUUUUUAAUGUACUGGCUCGUUCUUAAAAUCGAAGAGAUUUUGCAAACAAAGCGGCUGUAGCUUGUUUUUUAUCUCCAUUGAAUCUCCUCAGCUCUGAUAUUACCUGAAAAAAAAAUCAACAAAUUUUCAAUAAAAAUCAAAUGAGCCCAUAUUUUGAAGUACACUUUUUCACGGUUUAAUACUGUAUUGAGUUUGAAGAGAGAUUGUUUCACCCUUGCGUCAUGAACCAGUCGACAAAUCUCUCCAAAAUGUGUUGUUCAUAUCUCAUCUAAAGCAAUCACCCCUACACACAGAUGUAUAGUCUUCGUAGGGGUAUUCCAUACAAUUUUUGUAUUACAAUUGUAAUAUUGCAUUAUCUAAUGUAAUAAAGAAUAUUUUUAUUUUAUUUGAAAACCUUCAAGCUUGACUUUUUAUAAUACAUUAAAAUACUACAGUACUUGAAACUUUAGUAAUGCUGAGAGCCAAAUUAACAGACUCAUUUAUUGUAAAAAAAAAAUCAAAAUAGUUUCAAGAUUAUGAUCUUGAUAAACAACCUUUUAUCUCCAAGCAAGUUCACACUGUUUUGUACUUUUCUGAUCAUGUAUGUUGUUGUUAUUGUACUGAUUAUGAAAAAAAAUUGAUAAAUUGAUUCAAAACUGUUUCCAAAGAUUUUGUAAAAUUGCUCCAUAUUAAUCUAAUAAAACCUUAAUAUUUUGUCGUAUA